AUGCUUCGUUAUGAGAUCACUGACGGCACGACGAACCGUCUGAUACGUCGACAACACCUGUACGGUUACUUAGACGUCGAUAUGCAACGACGCUGCCUCUUCUGUCCGCGUCAGGUUGCUGCCGAUAGUGCCGAGAACCUGACAAUCCAGAACAUCAUGCAGCUGGCAGGAGCAGCCGUUGACUUGUUGGACGUACAAGGCUCAUCCGUCAUGGUUUGUCUAGAGGACGGUUGGGAUAUCACUGCACAGAUUGUGUCGGUAGCCCAGGUCCUGCUGGACCCUUACUAUCGCACUAUCGAGGGCUUCCGCACCAUCAUCGAAAAGGAGUGGCUUGCGUUUGGCCACAGGUUCAGUUACCGUGGCAACCACACGGUCGCAUCGCAGAGUUCUGGAUUUGCUCCUAUAUUUCUGCAGUUUUUGGAUGUUGUGCAUCAGGUGCACAGCCAGUUCCCGCUGUCGUUUGAGUUCAACCAGUACUUCCUGCGCUUCAUCGCGCUGCACUACUGCUCGGGUCGCUUCCGCACGUUCCUGCUGGACAGUGAGUACGAGCGCGUGGAGGCCGGCUGGCUGCUGGACGAGAGAGUGCGCUCGCACAGCCGCGCGGACGAGCUCGACGACGUCGAAGGCGAUGCCACCCUCACGCAGGCCGCCCAAGAUACUUCUAUGUGGGAAUACAUCGAAAAGCAUCACAAGAGGUCGCCGCUGUUCUUUAACCCGAUGUACAUCACACCAUCGACAGACGUCGAGUCGCGGAUGAACGUUCUGCGGCCGUACUCGAACAUCUCGAACCUGCGCAUCUGGGAUUACUACGUGACGGAAGAGCUUGGCCACUACCCGUCGUACGACCGUGAGAUGGUUGCCGUGGAGACGCAGCAGGAGGAGGAGCAGAACGCGCUCGAGACGUCGCCUAGCAACCGGAAGAUUGUGAUGGCGGGCUACGACAACCUGAGAAUCGUUGAACCCGACGCUUUCACGCUGCUGCUAGAGGAGGUCUAUCGACUGGAGACGGAGCUCGGACAUCUACCACAACGCUGGAAGUAUACCUGGGACAAGCAGCAAGCUCAGUCCGAUUACGUUGAGAGCAGUAUGGCAGCGACGCAGCAGUACCGGUCUCACGGCCGCGCGAUUCACAAACGCGCAACGAUCGAAAUCCUCAUCAAGGGCAAGAUGGGAGUCGAGACGACACAGAUGUACUCGCACCCGCACCGCUUUGAGAAGUUCAACUACACUACGCCAACGUACUGCGACUACUGCAAUCACGUGCUGUGGGGCCUUGUCAAGACAGGAAUGCGAUGCGUCGACUGCGGCUAUAAUUGCCAUGAGAAGUGUCAGAGCAUGGUCCCUAAGAACUGCACGCGCUACAAGUCCGUCAACGAUGGUGUGUCGUCUGCCAGUCUGCAGGCAGCAGGCUCCGGCUCCGAUAACGCAUCUAUUGUCACAUCAGGUGUUGGCACGUUAACGGCGAGUGGACGGACGUACUACGAUCAAUUCUCGUCGAACGUGGGUGAGAACAGCACGCACGAGGGGUACCUGUACAAGCGCGGCGCACUACUCAAAGGCUGGAAGAUGCGAUGGUUUGUGCUGGACAGCAUCAAACAUCAGUUGCGAUAUUAUGACACCAUGGAAGACAGUCACUGUAAGGGCUUCAUUGACCUUGCUGAGGUCAUAUCAGCAAGCCUCGCUCAGGCCGUCGCAGGAGCACCAAAAAAGGCAAACGACAAGUCUUUCUUUGAGGUGAAGACGAAGAGACGCGACUACAGCUUUGUCGCACAUGAUCAGCAUUCGCACAAGAGUGGAUUGACAAGAUUCAGGCGUGCAUAA